AUGGACAAAAUCCUACGUGGAGUUAUCAAGUAUCGGCAGACGGUACGCAAGGAUUUAGUGAAACAAUUCAAAGAAAUUCAGGAUAAUCCGAGUCCGACAGCAGUCAUGUUCACAUGUAUGGAUUCCCGAAUGCUUCCAACACGUUUCACACAAUCACGAGUCGGUGAUAUGUUUGUCGUGCGAAAUGCAGGCAAUAUGAUUCCUGAUUCUGCCAAUUAUGGUUUUGGCUCUGAAGUUUCAGUCACAACAGAACCUGCCGCAUUAGAACUUGCAGUCAAGAGAGGGGGUAUUCGUCAUGUCUUAGUUUGUGGACAUUCAGACUGUAAAGCAAUGAAUCUGUUAUACCAAAUCAACCAAAACAAGAGCAAUUUUGAUUCUUGCUCACCUAUGGACCACUGGGUACGUCGAAAUGGCUAUUUAUCUAUGAAACGGCUGCACGAACGAUUACACAUUGGACCCGAUGUUAUGAGAUUUGAAAGCGAAAUAGCUCCUUCGCAAAGUUUUGAUGCUAUUAUCGACCCUCUUGAUAAGUUGCCACCUGAGGGAAAGCUUUCACAAAUAAAUGUCCUUCAACAAGUUAUGAAUGUGGCUUCCCACAGAUUCCUACAAACAUAUUUUGAAACAGGACGGUUGUUUGUUCACGCCAUGUGGUUCGACGUAUAUGAAGGAGAAGAUUAUUUAUUUUCUCGCGAAAAACGAUCUUUCAUUCCAAUAAAUGAAAACACCGUGGAAUCGCUUUCGGCUGAAUUGGAUAGGCGCUGCGGAGAAGCCCCAGAUAUAACAGAUAUCAUUCAAGAUAAGAAAGCUGUGAGCAACUAG